AUGCGGUCCGGCCAUCCUCAGGAUGUGUUUCUCAUGCUCCGUCGCCACAAGACCACCAUCUUCAAGGAUGCCAAGGAGUCGAGUAGCAUGUUCGAGCUGAAGCACAUUGUUGAGGGCAUCUUCAAGUGGCCACCGGAUGAGCAGAGGCUGUACAAGGAUGACCAGCUCUUUGAUGAUAGAAAAACUCUAGGUGAGUGUGGCUUCACUGGCCAGACAGCACUGCCACAGGUCCCAGCCACAGUGGGCCUGGCCUUUCGAGCCGAUGAUGCCUUUAAAGCACUGCACAUUGAGCCCUUCUCCAGCACUCCAGAGCUUCCAGAUGUGAUGAAGCCACAGGAUUCUGAAAGCAGUGCCAAUGAACAAGCUAUGCAGUGA